AUGUAUUGUCGUCUUCUUAGCCAGGAAGUUAUCGUUAUCAAUUCAGAGAAAGUAGCAAGAGAUCUCUUGGAUAAGCGUUCGUCCAACUAUUCGGACCGGCCAUUCCUCAUUACCACAGACAUAUUUGGUUGGACGUUCAAUUUCGGGUUUUUGCGCUAUGGUUCCACAUGGAGACAACACAGACGAUUACUCCAGGAAAAACUGAGGCCAGCUGCUGCACUUUCUUACCGCCCCACCCAAUUGCAUAAAACACACCAACUUCUUCUUGAUAUAUUCGAAAUGCCCGACGAGUUUGCACACCACAUACAAACGAUGGCUACCUCGGCCAUCAUGUCAAUUGUGUACGGCUAUGAAACAGAGCGUUGGCAUGAUACACUUGUUGCAACCAUCGAACAUGCCCUUGUGCAAGGUGUUCAAGUUGCGUCACUCGAAACAUCGGCUAUUCUUUCUGCUUUUCCCUUUCUCCUUUAUCUUCCUUCGUGGUUUCCUGGCGCAGGUAUCAAGCGGAGGGCACAUGAGUGUUAUGAGAUGUUUGCUGAAAUGGUUGAGAAGCCGUUUCAAUAUACGAAGGCACUUGUGGAUUCCGGAAAUGCUUCGGCUUGCAUUGUCACUGAUUUGCUGGUUCGAGUCAAGGAUGAAGAGAAUUAUGAUGAGCUAGAGAAAGUCAUCAAAAGUGUUGCUUCCACUUCAGUUGCUGGAGCAGCAGAGACUACAACAUCUACCCUUCUGAAUUUUGUACUUGCUAUGGUGCUGUUCCCACAUGUUCAAGAACGGGCUCAUGCCGAGAUAGAAUCCAUUGUGGGAAAUGAUAGGCUGCCUAAUUUCAAUGAUCGUGACGCCUUGCCCUAUGUGGAAGCCGUGCUUCGCGAGUCGCAUAGAUGGUAUCCCGUCCUGCCAUUGGGUAUUGCACACGCUGCAGUAGAUGAUGAUAUCUAUGAGGAAUUAUACAUACCAAAAGGAGCGACAGUGGUUCCAAAUGUGUGGGCAAUGUCACGAAAUGAGGCCAAGUACCCCAAUGCCUCAGAAUUCGUACCGGAGCGCUUUUUUAAGUCUGAUGGCAAGCUCAAUGACGACGCCAUUUCUUAUGUUUUUGGAUUCGGCCGACGUGUUUGCGCUGGCCAACACGUAGCUAAUGCAGCAGUAUGGAUAGCCAUAGUCUCCUUGCUGGCUGUAUUCAAAUUUACCAAGGCGACUGACAAUCAAGGGAAGGAGAUCACUAUUGAGCCACAAUGGACACCUGGUUUAGCUAUUCGUCCGCGCGCGUUUCCGUGUCGCAUUGAGCCACGGUUGCCAGGCAUGACUAUCGCAAAACUGAAUCAAAUGAUCAGUCUUCUGGCUUGCUAUCAAGUCUAA